AAAUAAAAAAGGUUAAAAACGAGAACUUGAUUAUUGAGCCCAAACACGUUGUAAGAUUCUUGAUUUUGUUUGAGACAAAUCUUGAAUAAAGACCCAUAAAAAUAGAUCACAGAUUCUACUGAAGCUAUGAAUUUUGAAAACAACAAAAUACAACUUGGUCUCUUCCUUUCUGGCCUCAUCAUUCUCAGUUUCUCAGCUGAAAAAUGUAGGCAGUUGGUUGGUGAAGAGGCCUCCUCACAGAGUGGCAAGUUUACUUUCUUGAAUUGUUUCGAUGGGAGCACUGGAACAAUGGCGUGUGCCGUGAAGGAGGGUGUGAAGCUUUAUGUCUACACCAUCAGAUCAUCUCAUGUCGAACGAGCCAGGCAUAAAGCAAUUGAGGCUGCACUAGUUGAUGCACUGUCACAAGGCUUAAACGCUAAAGAGGCAGCUCAACAAGCCCAGCAAGAAGGAAAAAAAGCUGCCAAACUUGCAACUCGACAGGCCAAGCGCAUCAUAGGCCCCAUCAUUUCGUCUGGGUGGGAUUUUUUCGAAGCAGUAUACUACGGGGGUACAAUGACAGAAGGGUUACUUAGGGGAACAGGGACUCUUUUUGGAACUUAUGCUGUUGGAUUCCUUGGUGAGCAGAAGUUUGGAAGAGUUGGUUAUCUGCUAGGUAGCCAUCUUGGAAGUUGGGUUGGAGGAAGGGUUGGGCUAAUGGUAUACGAUGUGGCAAAUGGCAUAAGCAUCCUCCUUCAGUUUACUGAGACCAUAGAGACUAUAUCUUCAGACGGUAUUUCAGAGUCAGAAGCCAAAGAUUAUGUCACGUCUGUGCUCGACACUGUACAACCACCUGAAGGGGGGAAUGUCUUGAUUGAUAUAAUCUCUAAAAUCGCCUCUCAGAUAUUUCCAAGUACAUCUGAUUCAAGUGAAUAUCAAACAUAUGGAACUGAAAGUUCCGAACCUUCUGAGGAUUCAUAUGGUUAUGAAACCCCUACCUAUACGAGCUCUGAAACUCCUGAGGACGCCAAUGUUUAUGAGUCUGCAGACUAUGAAAGCCCUGACAUGCACGAAGAGCUUUAGAUAAUAGGAAUCCAGAAUUGUUUAAUUAUAUUCGGAUUCAGCACAACCCAGACAGGUUUGGUAAACUUUUUCCCAUCCUCUCCACAAGCAGACAUUCACCAAUUUCACAGAAGACCUAGUGUUUCCAGUUGUUGAACAUGCUCGGGUGGGAGAGCUGGCGGAGAUCCUCCCAUUUCAUCGUCAACAUCUUCAACUAUGUAUUCCUAUCGAGCAAACGACAAUUUAUUUGAUAGAUCAGGAAACUUGAACGAAGGUAGCGGGUGAGAUUAGUUUUUAUAUUAUUAAAUUUUAGACCGAGGGAGUACAUAAGAUAAUUGAAUUCCAGAAAUUUACUCACUUUCGUUAGGGACA